GGUCGCCGGCGCCGGGCUCGCUGCUCUCUAGCCUGGCAGACCUGGCCCUGGCGGUGGCUGCUGCCGACUCGGCGAGAUCCGACCGGGGCGGCCGUGGCCGACGACCAGCAGCAUGAGCCGGUAACCCAGCGCGGGGCCGAGCAGGAGGCAGCCGUGGGCGAGCAAUUCUGCUGAGUCCUCUUGGUACUGUGCAGUCAGUUCCUGCGGUCCCCUGUCUCUUCCGCAAACACUUGGUGAUGUUUGACCCUUACGUUUGCCAGUGCCAACAGGAGUGUGAGGAAGAGGCUGUCCGUGUCAUUAUGUGUGCGUCGGUCAAGUAUAAUAUCCGGGGUCCUGCCCUCAUCCCAAGAAUGAAGACCAAGCACCGAAUCUACUACAUCACCCUCUUCUCCAUUGUCCUUCUGGGCCUCAUUGCCACCGGCAUGUUUCAGUUCUGGCCCCAUUCCAUCGAGUCCUCGAGUGACUGGAGUGCAGAGAAGCGCAGUGUCCGGGAUGUGCCCGUGGUCAGGCUGCCGGCUGACAGCCCCAUCCCAGAGCGGGGGGAUCUCAGUUGCAGAAUGCACACGUGUUUUGAUGUCUACCGCUGUGGCUUCAACCCAAAGAACAAAAUAAAGGUGUAUAUCUAUUCUCUGAAAAAAUAUGUGGAUGACUUCGGCGUCCCAGUCAGCAACACCAUCUCCCAGGAGUAUAAUGAACUGCUCACAGCCAUCUCAGACAGCGACUACUACACUGACGACAUCAGCCGGGCCUGCCUGUUUGUUCCCUCCAUCGAUGUGCUCAACCAGAACACACUCCGCAUCAAGGAGACAGCGCAAGCCUUGGCCCAGCUCUCUAGGUGGGAUCGAGGUACAAAUCACCUACUAUUCAACAUGUUGCCUGGAGGUCCUCCAGAUUAUAACACAGCCCUGGAUGUCCCUAGAGACAGGGCCCUUUUGGCUGGUGGCGGCUUUUCUACGUGGACUUACCGGCAAGGCUACGAUGUCAGCAUUCCUGUCUAUAGCCCACUGUCGGCUGAGGUGGAUCUUCCAGAAAAAGGACCAGGCCCUCGGCGGUACUUCCUGCUGUCCUCUCAGGUGGGUCUCCAUCCUGAGUAUAGAGAAGACCUAGAAGCCCUCCAGGCCAAACACGGAGAGUCAGUGUUCGUGCUUGAUAAGUGCACCAACCUCGCAGAGGGUGUCCUUUCUGUCCGGAAGCGCUGCCAAAAGCACCAGGUCUUCGAUUACCCCCAGGUGCUGCAGGAAGCUACAUUUUGUGUGGUCCUUCGUGGAGCCCGUCUGGGCCAGGCAGUGCUGAGUGAAGUACUGCAAGCUGGCUGUGUGCCAGUUGUCAUUGCAGAUUCCUAUAUUUUGCCUUUCUCUGAAGUUCUCGACUGGAAGAGAGCAUCUGUGGUUGUACCAGAAGACAAGAUGUCAGAUGUGUACAGUAUUUUGCAGAGCAUCCCCCAGAGACAGAUUGAAGAAAUGCAGAGACAGGCACGGUGGUUCUGGGAAGCAUACUUCCAGUCAGUUAAAGCCAUUGCCUUGGCUACCCUGCAGAUUAUCAAUGACCGGAUCUAUCCAUAUGCUGCUAUCUCCUAUGAAGAAUGGAAUGACCCUCCUGCUGUGAAAUGGGGCAGUGUGAGCAACCCACUCUUCCUCCCGUUGAUCCCGCCACAGUCUCAAGGGUUCACGGCCAUCGUCCUCACCUACGACCGAGUUGAGAGCCUCUUCCGGGUCAUCACCGAAGUGUCCAAAGUGCCCAGUCUAUCCAAGCUGCUAGUGGUGUGGAAUAAUCAGAAUAAAAACCCUCCAGAAGAUUCUCUUUGGCCCAAAAUCCGGGUUCCACUAAAAGUUGUGAGGACUGAUGAAAAUAAGCUGAGUAACCGGUUCUUUCCUUAUGAUGAGAUUGAGACAGAGGCUGUCCUGGCCAUCGAUGAUGAUAUCAUUAUGCUAACCUCUGAUGAGCUGCAAUUUGGGUAUGAGGUCUGGCGGGAAUUUCCUGACCGUUUGGUGGGCUACCCCGGUCGUCUGCAUCUCUGGGACCAUGAGAUGAAUAAGUGGAAGUAUGAGUCUGAGUGGACUAAUGAGGUGUCCAUGGUGCUCACAGGAGCAGCUUUUUAUCACAAGUAUUUCAAUUACCUAUACACUUACAAAAUGCCUGGGGAUAUCAAGAACUGGGUGGAUGCUCAUAUGAACUGUGAAGACAUUGCCAUGAAUUUUCUGGUGGCUAAUGUCACGGGGAAAGCUGUCAUCAAGGUAACUCCACGAAAGAAAUUCAAGUGUCCUGAGUGCACAGCCAUUGAUGGGCUUUCACUAGACCAGACACACAUGGUGGAGAGGUCUGAGUGCAUCAACAAGUUUGCUUCAGUCUUUGGGACCAUGCCUCUCAAGGUGGUGGAACAUCGAGCUGACCCUGUCCUGUACAAAGACGACUUUCCUGAAAAACUGAAGAGCUUCCCCAACAUUGGCAGCUUAUGAACCAUGCUGAUGUGAUGGUGGAGGUCAGGGUAGGAGGUUCAGGAUGAAAGGUGACCUCCUGGAUCUUCACAUCCACCCGCCUAACCUGCUUUCUCAAGAUCAGGAACCUAGAAAGAAUAAGCACCCGUGCAGCCUCUGUUUUUGUGUUUUUUAUAAUCUCUGAUGGAUUCUUUUGGAAAAUGCCAAAUGGAAGCUCUGUGGCAUGCUCCAGAUUUAAAUCCAGCUCAGGCUCCCUUUGUUUUCAGUUCCAGCGUAACGAUGGGAAGGAAAACUUCACUGACUGUAAGACUGCUGGAGAAGAGAAACCUAUUAACUCAUUGUAGAGUCAGAGAAUCCUGUGAAAGGUACCACACCUCACUUUUACUUCACAUUAGUGAGUCUUCUUGAGAAACAGCCAAGUCCAGAAUUUGGUGCAGAACCCAAACAUCGUGGUGGGCUUUGAGAGAUGCCUUGGCACCUGGGGCUCUGGACUCAGGCAGAGGAAGAGCUCUGACAGCCGAGUCAGGAUCUGUCAGUGCCAUGAACUAUUCCUAACUGGUUUGGUUUUUUUAAUUUGAUUAAAAUUAUUUUUUAUUCCUUUUUCUGCUGCGUCGUAAAUACUGAUUCUUGAUAGUCCAGGGAACCAUCUUUCUUCUUCUAUGUAAUGUAAUUCCAUCUUCUGGCCCAACGACAGUCCUUUGCCUACCUGGGAGGACACAUAGCCAAAAGGAAUAUCUGGUACCAUGUGCAACAAGCACAAAGAAAGUCCAAAAUCAUAAACAUUCUGUGAGCAGAUGACUCUAGAAACCUCCAGAGGAAUCUAUUUGCUUCUUGAUUAGAUCCAGUCAAUGUUUUAUAGAUAUUCUUGGGGAAAAACAGAGUUUCUAAUAGCCGUACACUGAGUCGCUCUAACUGGUACCUGUUGUAAAAGUUGAGGGAGUUGUGACCUCCUACCCCAAGGGGAUGCCAAAAUUUCCCUCAUUCUUUUGGUAUAAACUUAACAUUAGCCAGGGAGGUUCUGGCUAAUGUUAAAUGCUGCUAUAACAGCGGCUUUGCAACAGUUGCCGGUAUAUUUAAAUCAUUAAAUUUCAGCAUUUACUAAUACUGCA